CAUCGGAGUUUGGAUAGGGAAAGUGGAGAGAAAGAACGAAGAAGAAAGAACACAGAAAAGCUCAAAUCCCUAAUCCCUUUCUCAUCCAUGGCUUCCCUCUCCUUUAUCUCUCCUCCUUCUCUCUCCUCCUCCCGCCAUGUUUCCUCCAUAGCCAACCUUCUCCUCCGCUCCCCAAAAUCCAUAAAUCUCUCCGCCCAUUGCCGACCUCUCUCCGUCCAAGCCCGCUCCGUCUCCACUCUCACUCAAGACGACCUUAAAAAGCUCGCCGCCGACAAAGCCGUCGAGUAUGUCAAGAGCGGCAUGGUCCUCGGCCUCGGCACUGGUUCCACCGCCGCCUUCGUCGUCGCCAAGAUUGGCGAACUUCUCAAGAGUAAUCAAUUGAGAGACAUUGUUGGAAUCCCUACCUCGAAGCGGACGGAGGAGCAAGCUAGGUCAUUAGGAAUUCCUCUCUCUGUCUUGGACGACCAUCCGCAUCUCGAUUUGGCCAUCGAUGGCGCUGAUGAAGUCGAUCCAGAUCUGAAUCUCGUCAAAGGCCGCGGCGGCGCUCUCUUGCGUGAGAAAAUGGUGGAAGCCGCUUCCGAUAAGUUCGUCGUCGUCGUCGAUGAAACUAAAUUGGUUGACGGCCUCGGUGGAAGCGGCCUCGCGAUGCCGGUUGAAGUCGUUCAGUUCUGCUGGAAACACAAUUUGGUAAGGCUUCAAGAUCUGUUCAAGGACGAAGGUUGCGAGGCUAAGCUCCGAUUGGAAGCCGACGGGAAGCCGUACGUCACCGAUAACUCGAAUUACAUAGUUGAUUUGUAUUUCAAGACUCCGAUUAAGGACGGAUUGGCCGCCGGUAAAGAGAUCUCGGCGUUUGAAGGAGUAGUGGAGCACGGAUUGUUCUUGGACAUGGCGACCGCCGUAAUCAUCGCCGGAAAAGAUGGAAUCGACAUCAAAACCAAAUGAUUUCCGUUUCCAUUUACUUCCAUUGGUGAGUUCUUCUGAAAACUGUUACAAUUCCUUCGCCUCCUCCUAAACCCUAAAUUAGAGGUUCGAAUUGCAACUUUUUUUGUUCUUCCUGUUCAUGAUUUAUUGGUAACAAUCAGCUUGAUUUCAAAUUUUUGCUGAUGAUAUGCUCAAUUUGGGAUGGAAUAAAUGUAAUUUUUGUAUCCAUUUGUACUUCAGAAUUGAAAAAAAUUAGUGUAUUUAAAGGGAUUUCAUA